GAGAAAAUAAAGGUUGAUUGGGAAGGGAUCAGUCGUAUUGGAGAUCCCUACUUUGCUCGUCAUUUUAGACUUUCUAAAGCCACUUUUGAGGUACAAUUGAGUUUCUAAGAGAAAUGAAUAAUGUAAUAAGUGUUUCAGUAAUAGUUUUACAAACUUUUAUUACAGAUAUUGUUGGAAACCCUAGCAAAUUGGAUGCUGGACAAUGGGAAAAUUUUAAGAGUGAGGAAACGUUUGGAUCAUCCUUUAUUGAUGGUUCUUUGGGUCCUAGCCAACCCUGACACAUUUCGAAGUGUCGCUUUACAUUUUGGAGUGCUACCAGGCAGUCUUCAUGAUCAUUACUCUGCAUUGACUGUUUGCUUCCGUGAGAUGGCUCCCCUCUAUGUGAAGUGGCCAGAUGCUGCCAGAAGGAGGGAAAUUAGUGCUGCUUUCGAAGGCUACUCUGGUUUUCCUGGAAUUGCUGGGGUGAUAGACGGAACCCACAAUAACAUCACUGCACCAGCCGUUCAGAAGGAGAAAUAUAGAAACAGACAUCAUACAUUCAGUUUGAAUACACAGGCUGUGUGUGAUAACAGACUAUUGAUCCUAGACUUUCAUGUGGGAGAAGUUGGAAGUCUCCACGAUGCCAGGGUAUUUAGGAGGAGUCCAUUAUAUCGUACGCUGAUAGAAAAUGAAAAUAAUGAGAUGCUAGAUGCUGGCCAACAUAUUAUUGGUGACAAGGCUUACAGCCUCAUGGACUGUGUAAGUGUUUGCAACACGUUCAAGUGCUACUCUACCAAUAUUAUAAUUCUCCCCAUGAAAUAAGUACUUUUUGUGACUUAAGAACUGCCUAUCUUUUUUUUCAGGUAAUGCUGCCCUUCAAAAAUUAUGGGAACCUUACUGAAGAGGAGCGCAUCUAUAAUUACAGCUUGUGCAAGUGCAGAUGUAGGAUAGAGCAUGCAUUUGGCAAGGCCUUUGGGCAGUGGAGGAGGAUGCUUCACAGUGCUAAUUUGGACAUUGCUGCAGAUCAUAUAGUCUCCUGUUUCGUCCUUCAUAAUUUUAUGAUUUUAAAUGGUGAAAAGCUUUUGGUAGGUUAUCCUUGUUAAACUACUUGCACC